AUGAACGAUUUAUUUAGCAAAGCCAAUUCAAUUAAAUGUCAUAUCAAACACCAUUCUGAUUUAGGGUUAGGAAUCUCAGUGAUGUGUUUGGAUGAAAAAUGUAUUAGUAAUAAAAAGGCUAUUUGUGCUAUUUGUGCAAAAGAAUCCCAUAUUAAUCAUAAAGUCAUAAGCAUCUCCAAAAUCGAUCAAUGUAUAACUGAAUAUUAAGAAAGAUGGGUUUAAAAUAAGUUAAAAUAGUAAUUGGUGAGUGAUUUCGAAACAAUAACGGAAGAAAUAGGUCAGAAUUUUUUGAAGUAUGGAUCUCAAUUUUCUUAAAUUUUGGAUGAGAUUAAUUAAGUGUAAAGUAUAUACAAGACAUAUAUUCAAUGUGAAGAAGUCACUGAAGUCGUCCUAUAGAAAUUGGGUUAAGAAUUACAAGAAUUGACAAGAUUGGAUGCAGGGUCUUUGAGUCUAAAAUUUUCUGGUUAAAAGCAAAUAAGUCAAUUAAAACAAUUUGUUUUGGAAAUGCAAUCACUAAAUAUAUUGUUAAGUAAAGCCUAAAAAUCAAAUGAAAUGUUAUAAUCGAUUAUUAUGUAAUCUUAAGAAAGAGAUUAAUUAAAGUAAUAUUUAGAAACCCUAGAAAAAUUAUAAUAUGAAUAAGCACAAGAACAAGUUAGAAACAACAUAAAUGAAGAUAGCUUCAACUUAUGUGAUAAAAAUCUAAUAAAAUUGAAAUUAGAUUAUUAUAAUAGUGUUACUGCAAUAGAUGUAACUAAUGAUGGAUAACUUUUUGCAGGUGGAUCAAAUUGGAAUAACAAAGUAGUAGUUUAUGAUUUGGAUUCAAUGAUUGAAUUGAAAUGUUUCAUUUGUUAAUCCGAUAGAAUAUAAGCAUUGAAAUUUUCACCCAAUAAAAAAUGGUUAUUGGUUGGAAGUGGUAGAUAGUCUGAUAUUUGGAUGUGGGAUAUAAACAAUUUAGAUUAACGUCCAAUAAUUUUCAAAGGACAUAGCGAAGGUAUAAAUAGAUUUAGCUUUUCAUCUGAUUCUAGAUAUUUUUGUUCUGUAAGUGGUGACAGAUAAGGGAUAGUGUGGAACAUUGAAACUAAUAAAUAAUUAUAUCGAUUAAAUGGACACGCAUAAGCUGUUAAUGGUUGUUCAUUUGGUGGAGGAAAUUGGUUAAUGGAAAUGGAUAAAGAAAAUUAGAAUGUUAAUCUGAUAAUUGCAACAAUUGGUGAUGAUAAAAAUAUUAUCAUAUAUAAAAAUCAAAAGAUCUUAAAAAAAUGGUAGGCUCAUAAUGAUGAAGGAUAUUGUGUAGAAUUCUCUUAUGAUUAUGAAUGGAUAAUUUCAUCAGGAAAGGAUAAAUUUAUUAAAUUGUGGUCAGCAAGGAAUUUCAUUUUGUUAAAGUAAUUUGAAGGACAUCAAAGAGGAAUAUGGACAUGUGGAUUUUCUCCAUUUUCUUAGUACAUCGCAUCUGCCUCUUGGGAUGACACAAUUAGAAUCUGGAAUGUGAACAAUGUGAAUGAUAUUAUUUAAGUGAAUAAUGAAUUUGUGAAUUUGCCAUAGGUGUGUAUUAAUGGAUUUUCUAGAUGUAUUAUUGCAAGUAGCAAAACAGUGUUUAAUAUCUGGAGAAGAUGAUAGAG